AGCCAAAAAAAAUAAAAUAAAAUAAAAGAAGACAAAGGGAUGUGCUAUGGAAUUAUUUUUCGGGAGAGGGAACUUCUUCUAGCCUCUUGUCAACUCAGGGCCUCUCCUGGGGUCCUUUUCUACUCCCCAGGAUAUGAAGACUCUUAUGUUAUGAAGGAUUACAGAGUCCUAGCUCUAGAGCUGGAAAAGACUUCAAAGGAGCAGCAUCACUUGUCCUUCAGGAAGAUGGGAGAGGCCUGGCCUUUAGUGCCCUCACGUGGGAUUCUGUGUGAUCUAAUUACAGAAUUUCAGAGCAAGAAAUGAUUCUUGUCCUCUCCCUCCCCUUCUGUGUCAUAGAUGAGGAGACCAUGGCCCAAGGUCACACAGCCAGUAGGGUUUUUAGUAUUCCCACUCCCUAACCCCAGUGCUAUGCUUCCUCUAUCAUAUCCUGUGUCUCCUAUUAUUAAAUGACUGUGCCUGUGGCAAUAUAACUGAUCAGUUCACCAGAGAGCCCGGAUGUUUGUCAGGAAGUAAAUUGAAAAGACUUUGUUUUAGUGCCUGGAUGCUAAUGAUCUAUUUAUGUUGGCUUGCCUACCUGCCAGCCUGGCCCUGAUAGGCAGGAGACCUACCUUGCAUAAACAGGGAGAUCAAAUUUUAGAAAAUCAUUGUAGGACUAAGAGGAAAAGAGUGGUGGAAGGGCAGGAGAAUUGCCUGGGAGAAGAGUAAGUAGCCAGGUAGUUCCAGGGACUUAAGAUGAACCUGUCAGAUUCAGGUCCAAGAGGGUUGUAAAAAGGGAAUAAGGAAGAGAAACACUGAAGGUACACAGAAGGUACACAGAAGAGAACACAUAGGGCCCUGAGAUUAUUGCAGAUGUGUGCUUUGUACUUAACUCUGCUACUUUCAUUUAUUUUCUUUUUUAUUUCCAGUUUACCUGGGCUCGAGCUAAGACUGGAGAAAAGUCCCUUUGACCCUUUAGUUAUUAGGGUGGUUGCUCUGCAGUAGACAGACCAGGGAGCUGCUGGAAGGCUACGAUUUGGGAACUCCUGAGCCCUAGAAAGGGAGGCCAGGGUGACUCUCACAAGGUUGCUGCAAGUGUGAGCACCUUGAGAAGAGGACUCUCUUGCUUUUUCUAUUGAUAUUCCUACUGCUUAGAACAGUUCUUAAUACAUAGAAUCUGAAGUACUCAUCUCUAGAAAUGUCAGACAAAGAAGAAGAUCAGUAUGUCAAUUCAUCCAGUGACCUUGCUAAAGGUGAUGACCGUCAUUACUGCAGAGUCCUCCUGGAGCCUCAGGAGAAAAAGAAUAUUGACUUUCAAGGAUGUGUGGUCAAACAGUUGAAGAAGAAUUGCUGCUGUAGCCCAGCCAAAGCCAAAAGCUGGAUUUUCGGAUUCAUGCCAGUCUUGCAGUGGCUCCCUAAGUAUGACCUGAAAAAAUGCCUCCUUGGAGAUAUAAUGUCUGGUUUGAUUGUAGGCAUCUUAUUAGUCCCACAGUCCAUUGCAUAUUCCCUUCUGGCAGGCCAAGAGCCAAUUUAUGGUCUGUACACUUCUUUUUUUGCUGCGAUAAUUUAUUUCUUAUUUGGGACAUCCAGACACAUUUCAGUGGGUAUUUUUGGAGUGUUGUGCCUCAUGAUUGGUGAAGUGGUAGAACGGGAGGUACACAAAGCUGGGUAUGGGAUGGAAUAUACAGUUCAACCUGACCUUUUUAAUCAUAUAAAUGAAAGUGUCAUCACUCCAGCUGCGAACCAAACCUCAGGACAGAUCUGUGAUAGAAGCUGCUACGCAAUUACUGUUGGCACAACAGUAACUUUCAUAGCUGGAGUUUAUCAGAUAGCGAUGGGCUUGUUUCAAGUGGGCUUUGUCUCCGUCUACCUGUCUGAUGCCUUGCUGAGUGGAUUUGUCACUGGUACCUCCUUUACCAUCCUUACUUCUCAGGCCAAGUAUCUUCUAGGACUAAACAUCCCUCGAAGUAGUGGUGUGGGCUCUCUCAUCACUACCUGGAUACACAUCUUCGAAAACAUUCAUAAGACCAAUCUCUGUGACCUCAUUACUAGCCUUUUGUGCCUUCUUGUCCUUGUACCAACCAAAGAACUCAAUGAACACUUCAAAUCCAAGCUUAAGGCACCAAUUCCCACUGAACUGGUAGUAGUUGUAGCAGCUACACUGGCAUCUCAUUUUGGAAAACUGAAUGAGAAUUAUGCCUCUAGUAUAUCUGGACACAUUCCUACUGGGUUCCUGCCUCCUAAAGCACCAGACUGGAACUUGAUUCCUAACGUGGCAGUUGAUGCGAUAGCUAUUUCUAUUAUUGGUUUUGCUAUGACCGUGUCACUGUCAGAGAUGUUUGCCAAGAAGCAUGGCUACAUAGUCAAGGCCAAUCAGGAAAUGUAUGCCAUUGGUUUUUGUAAUAUCAUCCCUGCCUUCUUUCACUGCUUCACAACCAGUGCAGCUCUUGCCAAGACUUUAGUCAAAGAGUCGACAGGCUGUCAGACUCAAGUUUCUAGUGUGAUGACAGCGUUGGUUCUUUUAUUGGUCCUCCUUGUAAUAGCACCUUUAUUCUACUCCCUACAAAAAUGUGUCCUUGGAGUGAUAACCAUUGUAAAUCUUCGGGGAGCUCUUCGAAAGUUUGGUGAUCUGCCCAAGAUGUGGAGGAUUAGCAAAAUGGACACAGUUAUUUGGUUUGUUACCAUGCUGUCCUCUGCCCUGAUAAGUACUGAAAUCGGUCUGCUUAUUGGGGUCUGCUUUUCUAUGUUUUGUGUCAUCCUUCGUACUCAGAAGCCAGAGGCUCCUAUACUUGGUAAUGUGGAAGAGUCUGAAAUCUAUGAGUCCACGUGUGCCUACAAGAACCUUCAGACUGAACCAGGAAUUAAGAUUUUCCGUUUUGUAGCUCCCCUCUAUUACAUCAACAAAGGAUCUUUUAAAUCUGCCUUGUACAAGAAGACUGUCAGCCCACUGUUAGUGAAAGCAGCACGGAAGAAGGCAGCAAAGAGAAAGCUCAAAGAGAACAUGGUGACUUUCAGUGGCUAUCAAGAUGAAGUUUCCAUGAACCUCUCUUCUGAGCCCCCAGAGCUCCAUACCAUAGUGAUUGACUGCAGUGCCUUGCAAUUUUUAGAUACAGCGGGAAUCCAGACACUCAAAGAAGUUCGCAAAGAUUAUGCAGACAUUGGUAUCCAGGUUCUACUAGCUCAAUGCAAUCCCUCUGUGAGGAGCUCUCUGUACCGGGGAGAGUACUGCACAAAGGAAGAGGAAACUCUUCUCUUCUACAGCAUACAUCAAGCAUUAUGUUUUGCCUUAGACUUGCAAAAACAGAAAGUAUUGAGUGCUUCCAAUGGUUUAAACACUUCUACUGACUGAUUACUGGGGAAAAUCAAGGUAGACGGGAGGGGGGGUUACCAUAUAACGUCAGUGAGAUUCUCAUGUAUGUUAGGGGAGAGGCAUACGGGUAUAUCAGGGCUUGUAAUUAGCUAGAAUUAGGGGAAAAUAAUUAUACCCAUUUGGUGCAGACUAGGGUAUAAAAACAUUUGGGAUCUACUUAUGAAGUAGUUUUAUGGUUUUAAUGCUUAACUGUAUUUGGACUUUUCCCCUUUUGGAAACACCGGGGGGAUUAAAAAAAAUACCAGAAGGGACAAGUGUUGUAUAGACAGGCAUCAAGAAAUCUGAGUUCCAGUCCUACCACUGCCAACCUAUGUGAACUUGGACAAGUCACAACCUUUGUGAGCCUCAGUUUACUCAUUUGCAAAGUGAGGGGGUUGGACUAGAUGACCUGUGAGGUCUCUUCAGCUCAUUGACCUCAUGGGUAAUGAACUUGGAAUUUAUGGCAGAGCCACCAUCUUCGUAGUAAUGUGGAAGAGCAUGCUGGGAGGGGGUUUGUACAACAGUUGCUUUUACUUAUAUCUAUACUUUUGCUUCCUACCAAAGAGCUGAAAGGCUUUGGGAUCACCAGGGUCGCCCAGAACCAGUUCUUUUUCUUGUGCCUUGCUUUUCUGUCUACCUCUCCAAAACCUAUAGUAGUGGGACCUUUAGCAUUUUGAAAAAGCAGCAGCAGCACUCUUUUUUAGGGGGGGAUUCUCAGGAGGUUGUAUCUUGAUCAGGACUCCUGGGAGCACGUGCUAGGAGAAAAAUGCCUCCCACUAAAUGAAAUUGUUUUCUGAUAGGGCUAACACAUCACAGGAACUUAGGUUAAUGCAAGGCAUUUUUGGAAAACCAGUGCAUCCAAAGAGCCUAGCUAAAUACAGACUCAGCCUAGUGUGUGAUGUCAUCUGAUGUUUCCUUACUUGUUUAGACUAAGUACAUGAGUCUUCAAAAUCAGCAAGAACGAUUUGAGGGAUCUGUUUUCUACCUCUUUAAUGUGGGGCAUGUCAUCCAUGCUUACUCCUAAGGACUUCAUCACCACUAAAUAUUUUUCACAAUUUUUUUGUCUACUUUACAUUCCUAGGAAUCACUUCAGAUGAGGAUGACAUUGUGGGGCAAGCACCAGAUUUAGAGUUAGAGUUGGGCUUUGUGUCUCAGCUGUCCUGCCUGCUACUGCUACCUAUGCAGGCCAAGUCACUGAACAUUCACUUCUUAAAAUGAUGGGAUUGGCCUACGAGACCUCUAGGAUUCCUUCGGGUCCUGUGAUCUUCCUCUAGGUAUCUGGUAACACACCUUUAAAAAAGAAUCUAGAUCACAGGGUAAGAUCCCAACUGAGUUCAUCCCAACAAAUACUUAAGUGCCUCUCACAUGUAAGGUGGUGCUUGUUUCCCUCCCCACCUCUAGGGUAUGAUGCAGAUUCAAGCUAUGAGGAGAAACAUAUACCCUGAAGUUUUAGUUUUAAACAUUUCCAUAAUGUUCAUAUUCUUCUAAAAAAAUUAUCUUUCAAUAUGUUAAGUGAAGACAGAAGUUUUGGUUCAUCACCUUAAACUGGCUUUAAGUGAUGGCUUUAAGGUUAGUUUGCAGUAGAGAAUGUCUGAUGGGUCUUCUUUGGAAUUAAUUUUUAUAGUAUUUCCGCAAAGGAGCCAUACAGAUUAUCUUUCUUUGAUAAAAAUCAUAUUCUCAAGUAGUAACUCCCAUAUAGCAAACUGUGUUGUAUGUUUUGGGGAUAAAUAUGCAGCCCCCUAAUGAUGCCAAUAAUGAACUUAUAGGUAUUUAGGCACGAACUAAUACCGUCCCUUGUGGGAACUUUCAUCUGCCCUUUGGGUACCUCAUAGAUUAUUGACCACAAUGGUUUUUUAAUUGGUAAAAAUCUCCUAAGUAUGGUUGUCACUGUAUUAAAUGUGCAAGGCACAUUUAUCGAGUGAUAAUUUUUUAAAAUGUGGAGCUCUGUGUUUGACCCACUUACCAGGUAAAUAGAAGAUUCCACAUUUCAGGAAUAGCCAGUUCCUUCUUUAUGAGAGUGAAACCUUCCAAUACAGUUACUUCUUAACAUGCUCCCUCUAAAUUCAUCUGUUUUUGAUAGAUUAAGUACUUCCUUACAGAGUGGGAUGAUGUAUUUUAAAAACACAUUUAAAAAAGAAAAGAUGCAAUAGUUUCUUAUUCUUCUUUUCUUCUUUUUUUUUUUUUG